AUCCACACUCAAGGGAAUCGCCAAGAGUCUGCAGUACUUGACGCAACCCAACAUCGCUAACUCGGCUUUAUUGGAACAGCUUGCUGACGUCACGGACCCAAUCGAAGGGUGUAUGAAGGCGCUGAAAGAGCUUGAGACAUUGUUACCACCUGCAGCGGUUUCGGUGAACGGUCAAAGCUCGAAACCGCGCAAGCUUGAUGCCGCUGUUGCAGCACUGGCGUGGCCGCUGAAGACAGGAAAAGCAAAGAAGCUAUUGCAGGAAAUCAUACAACACAAGACGACGAUCAAUCUAGCACUCACCGCAGAAUUUGUUCAAGAUUUGAAAGAUGUCAAGCAGAAAACUGAACAGAUCCAAGACCUUCUCACUGACAGCGAGCGUAGAGACCUUUACAGGUGGCUUGCAACCACCAAUCCGUCUGACAUCCAUAACCGGUCUCAGAACCUUUAUGAGCCCGGAACCGCUACCUGGAUGCUUCGAACCCCUCAAUGGCCUUUAUGGAUCGAAGGAAAGUAUCGUUGUUUGUGGAUCCACGGUAUCCCUGGGGCUGGAAAGUCGAUUCUAGCCUCUCAUUUGGCAGAAGAAAUCGAGAAGCAUUGUGCUUCUUCGUCAACUGACAGUGCGAGGUUUGGUCAUGCAUACUACUACUGCUACUUUGGUCAUAACCAGGAUGAAGCAUCACACUUCCUACGCUGGAUUAUUGUUGAAAUUUCCAGACAGUCUACAAAGGUACCCGAGGAUCUUCAGAUUAUGUACAAGUCGGGUAAAACGCCGAACCUGUCAUCCCUCCUCUCAAUACUACAUAGCAUCAUAAAAGGAUUCGAAAGAGUUUUUAUUGUACUGGAUGCGGUGGAUGAGAGUAUGCCUCGAGCCGACUUGCUCCGCGUCAUCCGCGAUCUCUCCACAGACGCUCGGUUUUCCUCUAUAGGACUACUCGUCACUAGCCGAGAGUAUAUUGAUAUUGAACAAGUCUUGGAAGGCUGUUCUAUCCCCAUCACCAUGUCAAACCCCUUUGUAGAAGAGGAUAUUGGGACUCUCGUCCACUCCACAGUCCAGUCGGAUCCAAGAUACCAACGUUGGCCGGAUGAUCUGAGGCGCGAACUGCAAGCUACGAUACCCAAAAAAGCAAAGGGAAUGUUCCGCUGGGCUGCCUGUCAACUCGACAUUCUUAGACGGACAAGGCCUGAUGCCUCAGCCAUCAGUGCAGCUCUCUCGAAUCUCCCCAGGACACUUGACGAAACGUAUGAGCUUAUCUUUCUUGCAAUACCCGAAGAGGAUUGGUUAUCCGUGCAGCACGUUUUCCACUGGAUGGUCUAUCACAAUGACCUGUUUGGCGAUAACAUUCCUCUUAACACAUUACUCCUGGCAGUUCAACAAAGUACUGUUGACUCUCUAUUCCCUGGAUCAGAUCAGCUCCAUGACUUUGAGGGCUUACGCGAGCGCUGUGGUUGCCUUAUUCUUGUUGAGCAAAAACCUUGGCCAAGAACCCGUCGACCCAACAUCGACGACCCCCGGCAGAACACGGUCUCGUUCGCACAUUAUACUGUCAAAGAGUACCUUAACUCCCCUCGAAUAGCCCAGAAACGAGUUUCAUUCUUUGCUCUUCAGCAGGAAAGAAUACAAAAACAUUUCGCGGGCAUUGCACUCCACCAAGCACUCUCAAUUCCACCAGAUAUGUUGGAUGGAUGUGACGACCAGGAUGAAGAAGUUGAGGUCAUCCACGGUCUCCUCCGUUCAAACUUCAACGUCUAUUGUGGAGUCUCCUCUAUUUUACAGCUUCACGUCUACUCUAAAGUCAGCUCUUCUGAUCCAGCUUUGAUGGAGUUGAGUGAAGCACUUGUGAAUCCUCACAGACCAUCUUAUGGCGAUCUCGUCACUUUACUCACUACCGUACAUCUUGAUCUCGAAAUUCGUU